UAUAGAUCAUCAUGGAUGGAAAUGGAUCUAUGGAAAUCUAAUUAUACAUAGUCAUGAAACUUCAUUUUAGUAUAUAAUAUUCUCACUUCAUUUUAGUAUAUGAUCAUAAUUGACUUUUUUUAUAUAAUUAUUAUUAUGAAUAUAUAUCAUGUGUCUCGAUAUACGUACGUUGUCAUAUACAUAAAUUAUUUAUAUAUAAUAUAUAUCUAUAUAGAUCUAGUGAUCUACCAUUAAUAUAUAAGAAAAGACCAAAAACUGAAGAAUAACUGUUUGUGUUGGGUUAAUUCUCCCACUACUUUUUAUUAAAUUACAGCAAAUAACUUUAAGUAAUAAUUUGUUACUUAAAUAAUUUAGAGUUUAGCCUUAAAAGUAAUAAGUAAUAAAUCUCUCUAUAAAUAGUUCCAUGAUCCAUUUGUGUGAGAUCUCUGUGUUUAACAUUGUGCUGCUCUUCUUCAAUACUACUAGUACUAUUGUUUGAAAAGGAUAGAAAAGAGUCUCAAUUAUGGAUGACUUGCGGGACACGGCAUACGCAUACUACGAGCAUUUCAACCAUGAAACUCAGAAAUCAAUUCAAACUUUCUCUGAACAAAUGGAAACAAAAUCCCUACCAAACAAGAUCAAAUUUCGGGAAUUUUCCGCUUACAUGAAAGAUAUUGGAUUCCCCCAAUUUGGAUCGAAGAAUUUCUUCGACCAACUAAAGCGAGGAAAAAAAGAUCAUUUGAUUUAUGCUGAUGUGAUAACUCUACUUUACAUAAUCGAAAGCGGUAGACCAUUUUGCAAUGGUUUAGAUUGCAAAAAUAAAUUCAUUGUUGGAUUGUAUUUUACUUGUGUAGAAUGCUUUUUCAAGAAUGAUUGCAAUUACAUCUUCAAUGUUUGCCCUGAUUGUUUUCGUACCAAAAGUUAUGAUCAUUCCCAUGAAGUGUUUUUGGAUCCAAUUGUUAUGCUUAGGCUAAAGACUAAGCUAGAUAAAUCAAAAGGGGUCAAUGAUGAUACUUUUUACUCUGAUGAUGACAAGGGAAGUGGAAGCAAACGUCGUAGGUCUUCGUUCCGAUCGUCGGCCAGCACUUCAGGGACAAUUGUACCACACACACAACCCCCCAAAAAUAAAAAAGUGGAUCGAGCAUUACAGAUAAUGCAGAUUGCAGUGAGUUUGGGAAAUCUUGUUGCGGCCACCACAGCAAUGUGUUCAAUCAUGUGAUCAAAAAAACAAAUGAGUGAUUAGUUUAUAUAAGCUUAUAAUAUGAAAUAUUCUAUUAAUCUAUCAAGUAUUUUGUUUUUUAUAUUGUUAGAGUUGUAUUUAUUUAUUUUAUUUUGGUCUUUUUUUAUUUAAUUUUAUGCUUUGUUUAGUUAUAGAAAGAGGGAUGGGUACAUGUGUUGUUGUGUUGGUGUGACAAGGUUAUAUUAUAUGUGUGAUGUUUUUUUUUUUAUUAUUUAAUUUAAUGGAGAAGAUGUUAGAUGUUAAUAUGUGAUCUGUUGACAAAAUAAAUCAAUAAUGAAGAGAUGUGUAAUCCUUGAAUUAAUUUGAAAAAUUACGUUAAAAGUCUCU